GUAUAUAUGUUGCCAUAACUCAAGUGAAAAUUCUCAUAUUCAAAAUACUUCAAAGGCUUCUUCUUGAAUAUUCUUCUCUACUAGUAAUAAUUAAAAAUUUAUUGAAAAAUGGCUCCUGAAGUACUUGUGAGUGGUACAAAAAAACGGAGCUGUGCUUAUGUGACUUUCUUGGCUGGUAAAGGUGACUACGUGAAAGGGGUGGUGGGUUUGGCAAAGGGGUUGAUAAAAGCUAAGUCUUUGUAUCCGUUGGUGGUGGCGAUUUUGCCGGAUGUGCCGGAGGAACACCGGUUACUACUAAGAAGCCAUGGUUGCAUAGUGAGGGAGAUUGAGCCACUUUCUCCUUCAUUGCAAUCAUCGGAUAAUAAGUAUGCUAGAUCUUAUUACGUUCUCAACUACUCCAAACUUCGUAUUUGGCAGUUUGUGGAGUUCAGUAAGAUGGUAUACUUGGACGGGGACAUGCAAGUUUUUGAGAACAUAGACCAUCUUUUCAACUUACCUGACAACCAUUUCUAUGCCGUCGCCGAUUGCAUAUGUGAGAUGUAUGGGCAGUCAUGUCCCGAGGUUCUACCUUGGCCCAAAGAUUUGGGCUCAAGGCCACCUAUCUACUUCAACGCAGGCAUGUUUGUCUUUCAGCCCAAUCUCUCCAUCUAUGCUGAUCUCUUGAACACUCUCAAAGUUACCCCUCCCACCCAAUUUGCCGAGCAGGAUUUUCUGAACAUGUUCUUCAAAGACAAGUAUAAGCCAAUUUCUUAUGUAUACAAUUUGUUGUUAGCAAUGCUAUGGCGUCAUCCGGAGAAAAUCGAGCUCAGCAAAGCGAAAGCAGUUCAUUAUUGUUCUCCAGGGGCUAAGCCGUGGAAAUACACUGGAAAAGAAGAAAAUAUGGAUCGGGAAGACAUAAAAAUGCUAGUCAAGAAAUGGUGGGAUAUUUAUAAUGACCAGACAUUGGAUCAUAAGCAGAGUUCUAUUCAUAUUGCUGGAGUUGAGGGCGAAGUUGAAGCAAACAGAGUAAUGGCAGCAGCUUUUUCUGAUGCAAACAUCAGUACCUUAUAUGUAACUAGCCCAUCUGCUGCUUAGCAAUGGCAGUGCUCUGGAGAUGAAGCUUCAAGUGAUCAAUUAGAUCUUUAUGUUACAUUGGACAGUCUACAGGGAUACUGCCACUUGUUUAUUUCUCAGCAGGUUUUGUUUUGGUGCCCAAUAAACUAAGGCUUUUUGUACGUUUGCAACUUAUCUACGUGUCCUUAAAUGUUUGUAGUAAUUACGAAGUCUAUCAAUAGAAGUUAGAACAGCAAACAUUAUAUUUGAGUCAACGUAUGAAAGUGGGUUAAAAGUAUUCUGAUGUACAGAUUGGAUGCCGUCAGAUUGGACACCCUGCCUAUCUUCUCGACAAGGUGGAAUGAUGAAAUAUUGGUUUUGCAUCAAGAAAACAUCUAGUGCUAAUCCAUUUUCGCUAUCAUUUACACGGUCCAAAGUUAUUAAAGAAAUCAUUCUCUUCGAGCUUUUGAAAUGAGAUAAUGGCAGAUCGGCAGCACCGAGUUACUAUAUCAUUUAUAGAUAACGGAAGCUGAAACAACGCCUCUUGAUAUUGAUAGCAAUGGGGCAGGAUCGAAGGUUCAAAAA